AUGAAGUGACGCAACUGGCUCGCAAGGUGCCGUUCAUGUAACAUCCAGGAGGCUGUAACGUUAUAGCACCCACAGUUUAAAAGAAAUGAAUCACACAGACAUGUAACUGAGCUUCUUAUUAGCUGAGACGAUGCUGUGUUUGGGUGUGAACACGGUGAGGUCGUCGCUGUCUUUACAAAAGCUGUGCAUCCUCUCGCUGCUCCACCUGAGACAUCAGUCCUAUAACUGCACGGUGCAGUCGUGGAGGAGAGGUCAACACAGCGGUACCAUUCGCCGCUUCUCUUCUGGACCAGGUUCGUCUGCUCCUCCUGCACUGACUGACUCCUCCUCCUGCACUGAACCUGAACCCAGCCACAGUACCUCCACCUGGUCUCCUGACCAGGGCCCGCCGCCUGCUCCCACCCACUGCUGCAUGAGUGGCUGUCAUAACUGCGUGUGGAUCGAACACGCAGAGCAGCUGCUGGCGUACUACCAUGACGGCGGCGACCGUGCACUCGCCGCUAUAGAGGAGAACGUCCUCGAUGAGAACCUUAAAACCUACCUGAAGAUGGAGAUUAGGCUCUUGAAAAAGACAUGAUGGAUUCACCUCUGUGACAUCAUGGAGUGUAGAGUGAAGAAUCUGAAACUGACUGAGUGUGAGCACAGUAUAACACACUCCGGUCACAGAGUUUACCUCCAUGUUUUCACUUCCUCCUUCAGUGGGUCACACACACUGCAGAACAUUUCAGAAAACUGCCACUAUGUACCAGGUCAGUAUGUGAACUGUAGGAGUAGCUGUUGUCCUCAAAAAUCCACCCGUCCUGCCUGAAAUAAUGAAGCCAGAAAGAAUGUUGGCAUUUUAAGUCUCUGCAAACCACAGAUACAUCACAUGUGCAUGUUAUUAUGCAGUGGUUAGUUGAGACGUUGUGUUUCAGCAACACUGUGAUUAAUGUGUGGUUAGGUUUUGGCACAAAAACCACUUGGCUGUGGUGAGGAAAAGAUCAUGUUUGGGCUAAAUGAAUCCCAGUUUUGGUGGCACAAUCACAGCUGGAGAAGCCGACGAUGUCUUGGUGGAAAACAACCACGAUUCAUAGCUCCUCCCUCGCUGGUCACUUAAACACCACUGGUGUUGUUGUUUGUUGGUCUCAGACAGUGGUCUGCAGCUUGGCAGACGUCUCGCCUCUGUGCCACGCCAUCCACUGUCCCCUCCACCUCCCAGUGUCAAAGUACAUCACGCAAUUAACAUUAAUCUGAUUUGCAUGAAAUGUGCAAAUGUAACAUAUUCGUGGUUUGCAGAAAUAAUGCCAACGUUACUUUCUGGUGACUUGGCUGAACAGAAGCAGUCAGAUGAUCAGACAGGUCGUAAACAAAUUCAAAUGAUCUAAAGCACUUCAUUUAGAUGGAAAACUGAAAAUAUGAACACCUGAAGUGUUGGUAAUAACCCCUUAGCGAUACCUCUAAGGUAUUGACUGAAAUAACACAGCCCCAGGUGAUAUCAAAAUGUCUCCAGUCAAAUGAUAUCUGCACUUUAUCCAUUGUUUUUCGUGAUCCCAGACCGUCACAACUACCCGCCAGGUCAGCAGACUUUGUGCUGCUGCUGCUGCCUUCAGAGCCACUCUCCUUCGUCAGUUCAACAUGUGCUCAGUCACACACUGAAAUGGCUCAAAUCUGUAAAGAAACCCAUAAAUAACCAUUCGGUAAUAUUAACUGUGAGAUGCCAACAGUUAGCCUUGUCACUGUGUGUGUGCAGGCAGGCAGGCAGCCUCUCUAUUUCCAGUGUGGAGCUCACACUCCAGCAGCAGCAGCAGCAGCUACGACCCGAGGAACCACGACGAACGAAGAACCCAAAAACGGAGAGAAUUCUUGAUGAAUUGAAGUCAAAGGGGUCAACGUUUAACAACAGCAAAACUGUAUUAAAACAUCAGAUUACAAACACUUUGCAAACAUGUUACCGUUUAAAACUGAGCUGAAGUCAAACUUUUCCAUGCUCUCUUCGAAGCCAGACUCCACCGACAAAACAGUAAUUUUACCUCUCUGAACACAGGAGCUGCUGGUCUACUGCUGCCUCCGUCAGUUAGUUUGUUUGGAUGAUUGUGUGAGUUUGGCAUUUUAAAGGGUUUCGUUUGGAUUUUUUUAAAUUAAAAUUACUGUUUUUGUUGAUGGAGCCUGGCUUUAAAGAGAGCAGAGAUAAAGCCCAGUUCAGACCAAAGAUUCAUGACGAGACGAGUUGAAACAGGCAACUAGUAGUUCUAAUAACCUGCCGGUUCACACCAAGUCACCACCAUGAGACGGUGUAUCAUCUCUACUCAACAACUCUCUGUACUUCUGUUCUGAUUUGCAGCUGUUCAGACUUAUUUUGUGGCUGAAUAUAAUUCGUAGCUUCUUAAAAUCUGAAUGAGUAUAGUGAUAGUGAGAUACUGGCUACAGUGAGGAAACAAAGCCAGCAUCAGAUGGACUGUGCCACCAUGAGGACGGAAACAGAAGGCUGGCCCAGGACAGAGCACCUUGCUGCAGCAAGCGAUCAUGUCGUCAUUUUGACUUGACCUGCGAACUUCACUACAAGCUGAUUGGCUGUAGAAACAGUUGAUGUGCUUUACGUUCUAAAACAAGCCACCGGCAAUUUGACCAGCUGAGUGUCAGGUGACACCAUCAGCCAGCUUGAGUCGAGCUCAGACCGGCCAGUUCAUACCGCUGCAACUUUUCGCUGCAGCGUUCUAAAACAGUUUUGUCUCGUCAUGAAUCUUGGGUCUGACCUGGGCUUUUGAUUCACUUUCUGUUUCCCCGUCAGAAAGGCAAAUUUAUGAAUCCUUGGAUAGCGAAGAAAUGGCCCACCUUACUCUACAUCUGAUUGGCUUACCCUGCCAUUCUUACCCAACCAAUCCAACCAAUGAAGCAACAUUUCUAGACAAUCAUAGGGAGCAUAGUGAUUCCUUCGCUGUCCUAGGAUUAGCAAAUAUAUGCAUCAGAAAGGGCUGUCUGUUCAGGAAGUACAGAGAAUACAACUGGAUAAAUCAGACUUGGAUUAUACUGCAAAGUAUUUGUUAAUUUGUUUCACAGCUUGAUUCAAUGACUUUGUUGAUUCAUUGUUAUGUCAUGACGCACAUUUGCCAUUUGCACUUUUUGUUUUAUUUAUCAGUUUGUAUGAAGUUUGAACUGAAGAUUUAAAUUGUAUUUUUAUGUCUUUACUAAUCAUUUGCUUCAUUGUAUUUAAGAGUGUAUUUUAAUUAUGUAUUUAAAAGUUAUUUUUAAUAGUUUGUUGAAUAAAUGUUCUUCUGAGAUGACAAGAACAUGGAGAACUGUUUCUCUGUUGGCCAGUAGGGAGCGCCAGAUAGACAUCAAACUGUGUGUGUGCUCUCAUGAGGAUAAAAUGUUUCAUCUGAUCCUCUUAACAUGUUCAUUUCAUCAUCGGGAGGAUUUAUCCAGCGAGCCCGACCAGCUUGUUUUC